AAACAGUUUAACAAAAUGAAAGUAAACAGUUAAAAAAAACAAUCGUUUUAACUGAAACGGAAACAGGAAGAUUAAAUAUCAUAUCAAUGUGAAAACAAAGCAUGUUAUGUCUGCAGUUUUAUAAGUAAAUUAUUUUUACAAAAACUUUCAUGCCAUGGCUGACUUGAGCUUAAUUUCACUGAGGUGGACCUAAUGAGAAAUUACAUUUGGAAUAUAACUAAUUUUGGAGCUACAUGACAGAUUGUUGCAGAUUGUAAGAACAGAACAGAAAAAAUAUCAUAAUGAAGAGGCUCCACUUAAAAAUGACCAAAGAAGCUAAAAUGGCAUCAAUACUUUUAGGAGUAUUCUGCAUUAUAGAACAUCUUCCAGUAACUAUAGCUACCAAUUCAACUGCCGCAACAGAAGAAUGUUCCAGAAAUUCUACACCUUGCCAGGAUGGGACUUUAUUCAAAGCUUGGUCACCAAUUCAUAAUCUCAGCCCAGGGGAUCAGGUUGCAAGGGCUAUUGUGUACUUUGUUUCUAUGAUUUAUUUGUUUCUUGGUGUGUCGAUUGUAGCUGAUCGCUUUAUGGCUGCUAUUGAGGUGAUAACUUCAAAAGAAAAAGAAAUUGUUAUUAAACGUAUUGAUGGAACUUCAACUACGGUUAAUGUACGUGUCUGGAAUGAAACAGUUUCAAAUCUUACCUUAAUGGCUUUGGGGUCUUCAGCUCCAGAAAUUCUUUUAUCUGUUAUUGAAAUUUGUUUGAAAAACAAUUUUAUGGCAGGAGAGUUAGGGCCAAGUACAAUUGUAGGUAGUGCUGCUUUUAAUUUGUUUGUUAUAAUUGCAAUAUGUGUGUAUUGUGUUCCAAAUGGAGAGUCCCGCACGAUAAAACAUUUACGAGUGUUUCUCCUGACAGCAACAUGGAGUAUAUUUGCUUAUUUAUGGUUGUAUUUUAUUCUUGCAGUGACUUCACCUGGAGUCAUACAAAUAUGGGAAGCUACUUUAACACUUGCAUUUUUUCCAAUAACAGUUUUGACCGCUUAUAUUGCAGACAAAAAAUUAUACCCUUACCGAUUUCUAACAAAGAGGUAUAGGUCAGGUAAACAUAAACCUGUUAUGAUUAGUAGUGAAGGUGACGGCCAUGAGAUGCAAGGUGGAAAGAUGAAUAAUGUUGACGAGAUCGUUUUCAAAGGUUUGGACGGUAGUGAGUCCGAUAUGAAAGAAAUCAAAGAAUUUGAACAGCAUAGAAAAGAUUAUAUGGACAUAAUCAGAGAACUUCGCAAAAAGCAUCCUAAUGCAGAUAUGAAACAACUGGAAGAAAUGGCAGAAUUAGAGGCUAUUAAUAGAGGUCCAAAAAGUCGAGCUUUUUAUAGAAUUCAGGCCACACGAAAACUUACUGGUGGAGGCAAUGUCAUUAAAAAAGCAAAAAUUGAAAGAAGAGCCAGUGUAGAAGAUGUUAAGGUGGAAAUUGCAGAAGACAAUAUCACGAGGGUGUUCUUCGAUCCUGGACAUUAUACAGUGAUGGAAAAUGUAGGGUCUUUUGCUCUAACUGUGUCUAGAACUGGAGGGGAUCUUAACAAAACACUCUAUGUAGACUUCAAAACUGAAGAUGGAACAGCCAAUGCUGGUUCGGACUAUGAACAUUCAGAAGGAACGAUUGUGUUUUAUCCACUUGAAACUCACAAACAAUGUGAAGUAACUAUAAUAGAUGAUGAGCUUUUUGAAGAAGAUGAACACUUCUAUGUUCGUUUGAGUAAUCUUAGAUUAGGGGAUUCCCAAGGAAUGUUUGAAAGUGGACAGAAUACCAAUGAGGCUAAGCUUGGGACCCCACAUGUUGCAACAGUGAUGAUUUUAGACGAUGAUCACCCAGGAAUCUUCCAUUUUGAUGAAAAAGAAAUGUCUGUCCCAGAAGCAAUUGGAGAAGUGGAAGUUAAAGUCAAAAGAUCAUCUGGUGCUAGAGGCAUGGUGAAGAUUCCAUACCACACAAUAGAUGCAUCUGCCAAAUGUGGAAAAGAUUUUGAGUUGGUUGAACAUGAGAUAGUUUUUGAUAAUGACGAGACUGAGAAAAUGAUUCACAUCAGAAUUUUUGAUGAUGAAGAAUAUGAAAAGAAUGAAGAGUUCUAUUUAGUACUUGAUGAACCAUGUCUUUUGAGAAAAGGAUCAGACUCGGAGACGGAGGAGGGUGAAGAAGAUAAGUAUAUUGAAAGAAACACAGAACCUCUUCCAAAUGAGGAAAAUGAAGAACUGUUAGAGAUGGGAAAGCCUAGACUUGGAGAUACAACAAAGAUUAAUAUACACAUUAUAGAAAGCUAUGAAUUUAAGAAUGUAGUUGACAAGCUUCUAAAGAAAGCCAAUGUUUCAUUGGUUGUUGGUACAUCUUCAUGGAGAGAACAGUUCAGUGAUGCCAUAACAGUUAGUGCAGAUUCAGGUGCUUCCAAAGGUGAUGAAGAAGAUGAAGAAAGUGAAGAAAAACUGCCAUCAUGUAUGGAUUAUGUUAUGCACUUCCUUACUCUCUUCUGGAAAGUUAUGUUCGCUUUUAUUCCACCCACAGAUUACUUUGGAGGCUGGGCAUGCUUCUGUGUCUCCAUCAUUAUGGUUGGACUACUGACUGCUGUUAUUGGAGAUUUGGCAUCAGGAUUUGGUUGUACCAUUGGUCUGAAAGAUUCAGUAACAGCUAUAUCCUUUGUAGCUUUGGGUACCAGUGUUCCAGAUACCUUUGCCAGUAAAGUAGCAGCUAUAAAUGACCAGUAUGCUGAUUCCUCAAUAGGAAAUGUGACUGGAAGCAAUGCUGUAAAUGUUUUCUUGGGUAUUGGUAUUGCCUGGACUAUAGCUGCCAUAUACCAUGCUGCCAAUGGGAAUACAUUUGAAGUACCACCAGGAGACUUAGCCUUGUCUGUUACAGUUUUCUGUGCAGAAGCAGCUGUGGUUGUUAUUGUUAUGUUGGUUAGACGGCGUUAUGGAGGAGAGUUGGGAGGACCUCCGAAAACUAAAAUAAUAACAACUGUAUUUUUUGUUUCCUUAUGGGUUAUCUACCUUGUUUUGUCAUCUAUGAGAUCAUACUGUUACAUAGAUUUCUAAGGAUAGUAUCCCCUCAGGAGGAGAUUUAAGAUCAAUUAAAUGUCAAAAUGCAAAUCGGUUUUAUCUCUUUAUUUAUUUACUUAUUAUUUUUUUUUAUUGAUUUAUUACGUCUGUUUAGUUCCAGAGGACAGUCUUUCAACUAAUCAUGAAGAUUUGUUGUUUUUAGAAUAUCUGUUUAAAAAUAACACAAAAAGUUCCAUGUUCUCUACGUAAUUUAUGUUGAUUUGCUUGUUGUUUUGUUUGUUUUUGUCUCAUUGUUUUAAAUGACCAACUCAUGUUUAACCGACUCAUAUGUUUAUGUUAAUUUUUUUUUCCUUCAAUAUUUACGUUAAAAAAAGUGUUCUUUGCUAAAUGUUAAUACAUUUUUUCCUUUAUUUAUACAUGGCUUCAAGUAUUGAUUUUAAAUACCUUAACAUAAUAAAAGUUACAAAAAGAUGUAAUAAAUGUUUUGAGUGAAAAAAAGGUCAAAAUUGAGGAGAGUAAAAUCCAUGACUAAUUAGACAAAGUGUCGUUAGUAGCCAUAGAGGGUUAUUCUUCCCAUUUUAAAAAUUUAUAUAGCAGAGAUUUGCCAUUGCUGGUAAGGCACGUUUACUGUAUUCUGUUUAAACACUAACCAAGAUUAGUCUUGAGUAUUUAUAUAUCUGUUUUCUUCUCAAUUUGCAAGAAUAGAAUCAGUGUUAAUUGUCGGCAAGUGAAGUAAUAUAAUAAAUUUGUUCCUUAAUUUGCAGUAUUUUUGCUUUUUAACUGUAUGAAUCCUUUCUCCAUUCCAGUUAAGAAAUCAUGCAACUUGUAAAUACCAUGAAGUAUUCAGAUUUAACUCGACAUUGUUCAUCACUGAAAUGGCUCAAAAACAUUGUGUUUCAUCGUUGUUGAAUCUCUUUUAUUGUAUUAAUUUAAAUCUACAAUUUGAUUAUACAUAUUGUUAAAAAAACACUUUUUUUUUUCUUGAUUUAUAUAUUUCUUGUUCAUGUGAAUAUGUAAAAUUUUUUAACAUCACUGCCAUUUACUCAACAUGGAUUCAGUGAUUAACUGGGGGUAUAUAUAUAUAUAUAUCAAGGAUUUUUUUUAGGAAUAAGUCAAAUUAGGAGCGGUCACUUUUCAAAAUGCAACUUUUUAAGUAAUAGAAAAUUUAAGGAACUUUGAUUCAAUGUAUCUUCUUUAGGUUCAUUUUUAAAUGUAAACUGCAUAUUUAUAAAAUUGUAUUUGCAUCUAGUAUUUCAGUUAAGGGUUUUCACUAACUAAAGAGGAAGCAAGUCAACUCGUACCAUUGCAAACUCGUACCAUGUCAACUC